AUGUGUGCUUCAUAUCUGCCUCCAGAAGAUAUCCUAGACUUGGCUUUGAGAGAAAGCUCUGAUGGUCCCCCUGACCCGCCUGCACUGAACCGUACUACUGGACUGUAUCCAUUUAACGAGGAUGGGGCGUCAUCCCAGAUGUUUCGGUGCAUCGUCAAACGUCCCCAUGCAGACCAGCCCCUAAGCUUUGCAUCAGGUCAAGUAUCCAGUACAGGCCCAUCAGAGGGAACUUUGACAGUGCAACGCCAAUCACUAGACGACGUUGUCAAACAAUUUGCCGCAGAGCUACGUGUAUUUCGUACCAUCGGUAUCCACAAAAACGUCGUCCGUUUCUUUGGAGUUAUCGAAGGUGUUGGGCUCGUGCUCGAGGAAAUUGACCACGGACACACACUACUUGAGUUACUGCCCACCAUCUGGAAUGAUUCCACCAAGAUUGACUGGUUCAAUCAAAUCCUAGAAGGCCUUGCGCACAUACAUAAAUUUGGGCUUUCUCACGGGGAUUUGUCGUGCACGAAUAUCAUGGUUCGUUACAAUGUCGUCAAGAUACUUGACUUUGGCCAUAGCACAUAUAUAGGUGAAGAGGCGAUUAUGGGUACACCGCCCUUCUGCGCUCCCGAAAUCCUUCGAUCGGACAAAGGGACGGACGGACGGCUGGGGGACGCAUAUUCUCUAGGCAUAGUCCUCAUCUACCUUGAACGUGGGAUCGACGAAGAUGUGAUUUCACUAGAAGAUCAAUUACAGGACAAGCCGCCUCAGAUCAGCGACCUCAAGCUCUUUGCUAAUUUGGUUUCCCAUUAUACCCUACCAAAGAGCGAGCGAUGGGCAAUUCAAAGGACUCAUCAUAUAAAGACUCGUGACGAUGAUUAA